UCUUCUUCCGGGUUUGCUCCUGCACUCCCCACACGUGAAUUAUGUCAGCAGCAGAAGAGCAGCGGAGUAACGUGAAUGUGAAUGGAAGUGAGGAGGAGGAGGAGGAGUUCUUCUCCUUCGUGGCUCUACACUCCGCGGCUCUGCGCUCCUCUGGAAUCCCAGAGAUCUACUGGAGGAGUCUGCGUCACAAAAUCACCCGCGAGAUUUACGAUGCUGGGGAAGUGUUUGGAAUCAUGCAGUUCCAGGAGGAAGAAGAUGAGGAAAGUGGAGACAAUGAGGAGAAGAAGAAGGACAAUCCCGGAGCUGUGAUCCGCUGUAAAGUGGUGGUGACCCGGGACAGUGGACUGCAGGUCUCUGAGCCGAACAGUGUCUUCUUGGUGGAUCAUGCCUGGACAUACCGCGUGGAUCACACUCGUCAGCAGCUGGAGCAGAUACCGGGCCUGCUGCCAAGGAUGGCGGCCCUCAUGGGGAUAGACUUCCACGGUGAGGUCCCUGAUCCAGACACGGUGGAGCUUGUGAUGGAGUGCAUGUGGAAGUACAACCAGACCUACUGCCUUUCUCAAGGGUCAGCAGAGGAGAAGGUUCCUGUUUGGUACAUCAUGGAUGAGUUUGGCUCCCAGGUGCAGCACUCUGACCAGCCCAGCUGUGGCAUGGCUCCUUUCUUCUACAUACAAAGCCAGCUCGCCUACACCGUAUUGUGGCCACUACACAACCUGCAGGAAGGAGAUGAAGUCACCCGUGAUUACACAUAUGGGGAGACAAACCCACUGGUGAGGCGAUGUCGCUUGUUACCAUGGAUAUCCACGGAUCUAGAAGGAGUCAGCAGCGCCACCACUGAACCUCCAGACUUGUACUAUGAGACCAUUUUACAGGAGAACAAGGAGCAGCUGCCAGUGGAAAUCCAACCCUACUCUGUGCCCACGGACAAAAUCCUCAAAGUUUACUCUGAAAUGUCACAAGUGACAAACAACCUGAGCCACCCAAGGUUCCAGCUGACUGAGGAUGAGGAGGAGGCAGAUAUUAUCUGGGCCUAUGAUCACAUCAAAGACUACAGGAAACUGAGUGAGGAGCGACCAUGGGUAAUGCUGAACCAGUUUCCCUGUGAGAACAUUGUCACAGUGAAGGACUGUCUGGCAGCUGUGGCCCGCAGAGUGAAAGGUGGCAGAGGACCUGACUGGCUACCCGAGACCUUCAACCUCCAAACAGAGCUGCCGCAGUUUGUCAAGAAUUAUCAGCUGAGACAACAGCGCGGCGAAGAUAACCACUGGAUCUGUAAGCCUUGGAACUUGGCCCGAGGACUGGACACCCAUAUCACUAACAACCUUGACUACAUCAUCAGACAAAGAGAGAGUACACCAAAGGUGGUGUGCAAGUACCUGGAAGAUCCAGUACUGUUCCACAGGGAGGAGGUGGGAUUGGUGAAGUUUGACAUUCGCUAUAUGCUGAUGUUGCGCUCUGUGCAGCCUCUGCGUCUUUAUGCAUACAAUGUCUUCUGGUUGCGUUUUGCCAACAGGCCUUUUUCCAUGAGCCAGUUUGAUGAUUAUCAGAAGCACUUCACCGUCAUGAACUAUGCAGACGGUGUGGAGCUGAAGCAGAUCCACUAUGAUGAGUUCAUCCCCAUGUUUGAGAAGCAGUAUCCACAAUAUCCAUGGAAGGAGGUAGAAGCAAAGUUGUUCAAAGCCUUCAAGGAGCUUUUCCAGGCAGCCUCAUCUCGACCUGCUCCAUAUGGGAUUUCUGCCUACCCAUCGUCGCGGGCCAUAUACGCCGUCGACUUCAUGCUGAAGUGGAGCACAGGGAAUAAUGGUGAGCGCGUCAUGCAACCUCAGAUCCUGGAGUUGAACUUCAGCCCAGACUGCGCGCGGGCCUGUCUGUACCACCCAGACUUCUACAACCACAUGUUCCAGACACUGUUCCUGGAUCAACCCGACGACUGUCCCGUCGCGCAGAUCGCAUAAUCCACACGGAGAACAGCACCGCGCUCGGUGUUUGGAAUCUUCAUGUGUUCCUCCUGAUUUUGGUUUGUGUGUUUGCUUGUGACAUUUUCAUAUUCUCGCAUCAAUGUUCCAAAAUGAUUUCAGGAGCUGAUAAAUCAUGAUGGUUCUUUAUAAACCUGGUUCUCAAAACUUCUACAAUUUUGUUAAUCCCCAUUGAUUCUAACAAAAACACUAAUGUACGGAUCUGAAGCAAUAAAACCAUUAUUUGUCCAUUUGGCUGUUA